AUGCGGUGUUUGAAAAUAACAUUAAAAACGCAUAGUGACACACGCUGGGCAUCUAAAUAUAAUGCAGUUCAUUCGUUGUAUUGUCAAUUUGGCGGUGUGAUAAAAGCUUUACGUGACAUAAUAUCUACCAAUCCAAUUUUUGGCGAUGGGGUUGCUAAUGCAGAAAGUAUAUUGAAACAGUUUGAUUUGGAAUUUGUUUAUUUUUUAGUCAUGUGGGAUAAAAUAUUGAAUCAAAUAUAUCGUGUAAAUAAAUUAUUACAAAGCUCAAAUAUUUCAAUAGAUCAGGCUUCAAAAAUGAUAAAUUGUUUAAAUGUUUCUCUCCAAGAAAUGCGUGAUAGUGGAAAUGAACAAAUUAAAACUGAAACUAUUAGUAUUUGUGAUAAAGUUGGAAUAAAAUCUGAAUUAAAAAUCAAAAGGACAAUAAAAAGGAAAGUUAUGAGUGGAGAAAAUUCAUCGGGUGAAGAUAUUUCUGCAGAUCAAUUUUUAACAUUGGAAUACUACAAAGUUCUUGAUAAUAUGAUGGCUCAAAUGAAAUGGAGGUUUGAACAAUUAUCAAAUAUUGCUGAUGAUUUUCAAUUCCUUUCUGCUCAUUCACUAUUUGUUACACCAGUUGAAAAAUUGAAAAAAUAUGCAGCUGAUUUAGCUAUCAAAUACAACGAAGAUAUUGACCAGGAAAUAAUUAACGAAAUCGAAUUUUUUAAAUAUCAAGUAAAAGCAAUUUUACCAGACUUAAACGCAACUGCUUUAAAUAUUUUAAACGCAAUUAAAAAAUAUGAACUUGAUUCAACUUUUCCAAACUUAAUGACUGCAUAUAGAUUGUUUCUUACCAUGCCUGUUACCGUCGCUUCCGGGGAACGCUCUUUUAAAAUAACAAAAAGCAUUGAUUUUGAAGACGUCAUUGAAGAUUUUGCUUCAAUAAAGUCCAGAAAAAUUAAGUUUUAA